GUGGAAGAUGCAAUGGAAUUGCUUAUAUUUGCUUCUCGGAUUCCAAAAGCUUUGGAUGGAAUCAAUUUGGAUGAUUUUAUGAACUUCAUUAUUAUGUUUAUGGCAAGCCCAGAGUAUAUAAGAAAUCCUUACUUAAGAGCAAAGAUGGUCGAAGUUCUGAACUGCUGGAUUCCUCGUAGAAGUGGUGCAUCUGUAACAGCAACAUUAUUUGAAGGGCACCAACUAUCGCUUGAAUAUCUUGUUAGGAAUCUUUUAAAGCUUUACGUGGACAUUGAGUUCACUGGUUCACAUACACAGGUACAGCAGGGUUGAACUGCUUUCUUAAAUGUGGAAGGUGAAGACAAUUGUUCCGUUUACAGAGAGUGCUCAUUUUCUUUUUCCAUGUGUUUCAGUAUCCCUAUUAACCUUUCAAUAAU